UCUUUUCGCUUCUCCUCGUCAACCAACUUCUAUUUGCGCGACCACCAAAUUAUUACCAAACCCAACUGCCCUAUCCUUGACGGUUGAUCUCUCUCUCUCCCUUUGUUAUUUUCUUGCAUCUGGCUGGCUUCUUUUCCUUCCUUUCCCCCUUCCCACGCGACAAAUCGGAAGAUAAACCCACUUGGCUCAAUCUAAUAUUCCUAGUACAGCCACCGCGAUCCACCAUCACCACUUCCACCGAACGAGCUAAUAUCCCCAGAGAGAGCAAUCCUCCCUCGUCGUGACGGGUUUUUCUACUCAUCCCUUAUUCCAAGGGUGAGAUAGCCGCGCCACCCUUUGUCUGCGCGAGACUAUCGUCGACCCGUGAGCCACAGCAUCGCGAACCCGACUUGCUUCUCCCUUGACAUCCACUUCUUUUUUUGGUGACUCGUCCUAGAGUCCGUCGCCCUAGCCAUGGAUUUUGACUCGGCUGAUAUUCCCCCUAUCCCAACGCGCGCCCACAAUCACCAUGCUCACUCUCGACGACGCUCUCUCCAAGGCCCCUCCUCGUCAAAGCGCAACUCCGGUCUUCCCCCCGCCAGCCCGGAAGUCAUCUCCAACCUCAUCACCAGCCUGAGCGUCAUCUCGAAGCCUGCGACGAAUCACUUCGAGGCGUCGCACACGAGCCUGUCACUACCCGCGAGUCCUGGGAACGGUAGCUUUGGUGUGGACUACGGAGCGUUUCAUCAGCCUAGCCUCGACGACCUGAGACAAGACCCCGUGUCACUCGACGAACUCGCGGCGUUACCUCCUGUCAUACGCACCUCGAAACCCCCCAGCGGUUAUUCACCUCUGACAGCGACAAAAAGCCCUAGAAGUCCAAGAAGUCCAAGCCGCGAAGGUUCCGGUGGGCUGCGAUCAUUUAUUCGAAAUAGCACAUCCCGACCGUCGUCAAAAGGAUCUUCAGCUGCGUCCAAGAACGAUGAUGCCCAGAGUAUAGGGAACCUUUCGAUCGAACGUCGCGGUGCCUCGACCCCCGAACUGAACCACAAACAAUCACACGACAGCUGGGGUAGGAAAACGUCAACGAGGAGUCAAAAAGGCCUCAUGUACAUGAGUUCCAAGGAGCGUCUGCGGGAGAAGGAAGCCGAGAGGAAGCGGGUUUCGGGCGGAGUCUCGGCUUCAUCUUCUGGUGCUCUUCCUGGCGAGAGUGUACACAGCGGUGGGCGCAGUGAUCCAUUCUUUGCUGAGACUGCGAUCCGUGAAGAGUCACAUUACGAGCUGCCAAUCGAACGCCCGAUGAAUUCACCUUGCGCUAUCCCGGCGCGGAAUUCGAGUCUUGCAAAGACGGGCCCGCAGAAGAGAUCGAGCGCGAGGAGGUCAAGACGGGAGGAUGGUACGACGAAUGAUGUGAUUCCAGAAGGCGAGGAACACAGAACUCGAGAUCGGGAGUCAAGCCGAAGGAAACAAAGUCAUUCUGGCCAUGUUCAAUCAAGAUCAUCCACCCGAUCACCAGUUUAUGGCCUCAAGGACGCAUCUCCGUCAAAGAGCACCAGCGUAGCGGGCAGAAGUUUCCUCGAUGUUAAUGACGGCUUCAGCGACGAAGAAGAUGAGGGCGCUCCAUUUCCUGCCGUGGCUCAAGGUCGAAAGCGGGAUCAGAGCAAUGACCGCAAUGAUCGGAGAAGAUCUGGUCGACAGAGCCCGGCACCAAAUGAGGCCAUCAAAGUCAAGCGCAGCAGUUCCCGCCUGAAGCGUUUGUCUGCACCACUGAAUCACAAAAUCGACGAACGAGCCCGCGAUUCACCCAGUCCCCAACCAGUGCAGAACAAUGCACCUGCUGGUUACGAGCGUCCUCAAUCCGCCGACUCAGUCGACGAUGCCGUCGAGUCUUAUUUGUGCUCACCACGUUUAUCGCAGAAGAUUCGACAUCCUCAAACAGGUCGUGUCAUAUCCUUCUCAGAAGUCGGUGACUCGGAAGGUUCUGCGGUUUUUUGCUGCGUUGGAAUGGGAUUGACGAGAUACAUCACCGCCUUUUAUGAUGAGCUGGCACUGACAUUAAAGCUGCGGCUUAUUACCCCGGAUCGACCGGGUGUUGGCGAUAGCGAGCCUUAUUCUGAUGGCACUGCUACGCCGCUGAGUUGGCCAGAUGAUGUUUAUGCUAUUUGCCAGACCCUCAAGAUCACCAAGUUCUCUAUUCUCGCUCACUCCGCCGGCGCCAUUUACGCACUUGCUACAGCUCUUCGAAUGCCUCAACACAUCCGUGGUCGAAUACACCUCCUCGCGCCCUGGAUCCCUCCCUCCCAAAUGAACGUCUUCGGUACCUCACAAACCCUCCCUCCAACCAACGCUAUCCCUACCUCGCAACGAAUCCUCAGAGCACUCCCGACACCUAUCCUCAAGGCUGCAAAUAGUAGCUUCAUGACCGCCACGAGUAGCUCAAUCACCAGUUCAUUACCCAAAACACCACGACGAGGCAAGCGAAGGAAUAAUGGCGGUCGAGACAGCACAGCCAGUUCGCGUAACGUUACCCCGAGCUUGGAUAAAGAGAACGUGUAUAACAAAUCACCCGGUCACGGCGACACAGAAUUGGAACCUCCCAAUGCUUCCGAGAACAUGGACAGAAUGAGCAUUCCACAAGGCACAAGAGGCGAUUCAGAUAUCAUCGCAGCCGCGGCGGACGCCAUGGCAGAUAAGGAACGCCAAAUGACCUACGAUCUCCGAUUAACCCACGCCAUCUGGGAACUCGCCACAACAGGCGCAAACCCCGCCGUCGACCUCCUCGUCUGCCUCGAGCGCCGUCACACAAUUGGCUUCCGCUACGUCGACAUCACAAGACCCGUCGUCAUCCACCACGGCAGCAGAGAUACCCGCGUCCCCGUCGAUAACGUGAAAUGGCUCGGUAAAACGAUGCGGCGCUGCGAAGUUCGUGUUCUCGAGGGUGAAGGUCACGGUCUCAUGGCUAGCGCGAGUGUCAUGGGCUCUGUGCUCAUGGAGAUGAGUAAAGAGUGGGAGGAUUGGAUGAAGGUCACUGGUGCAGAUGGGAGGAAAGAUCGUGAAAGGGGACGACGAGGGACACUCGUGCGAUAAAGAGUAAUAUUUCGACAUACUUGUCUUGAUACCCCAGAGACGGGCUUCAUGCUUGGUUUGGUUGAGGGACCAAGGUUGGAGUAUGAUAUCUCGUUUGUUUCUUUAUAUAACAUUAAUCUCGAGGACUGCCAUGUCCCAUGUAAUGUCUUUUACAUAUCAACGCUUAAUGAUAGCUAGCUUCUCUCAAUGAUACCUUUUGACGCUUCUAC